CAUUCCUUAGACGUCCUUAGACGUUAAAGGUCAAAAAAACAAAAAAUUUCAUUCCACUUUGAAAAAUAUGUGAUUCUUAAUUACAGCUCUUCUCAUAAAGGCUAAAUAUAUAUAUAUAUAUAUAUAUUCAAAUGCGAUUUUUAAUGAACAUUUUGUUUAGGGGAAUUUGUUCCGGUACCCUUCCAAAAAAGGAUUUUAAGGAUAUUUAUCAUCCGAUUCCAAAUUUAAAAUUUGCCCUUUUAUUUUUUAAUAUUUCCGGAUUUCCCUUAAUUUUCAAAGGAAUUCAAAAAACAAUUAAAAUUUUUUUCCCUGAACCUGAACGGAGCACAUCUCCCCUGGAAUACCCUUUUUUCCCCUGAACCGGAAAGGAGCCCUCUUAUUUUUCUUUUGUAGCAUGUUCUCCCAGCGAAUAUAAGCAACUUAUUCUCUCCCACAUCACAUUCUGAUAAAUACACCUCUGAUCUGCUAAUAAAUCUUCAUCGGCUUUCAUCCCACCUGAUAGCUCCGAUCGGUGUGCACUGUGCAAGAUUUCUAUCAACUCAUUCGAUAGCUCAUGCAAUUUGAAGAUGCUUGAAAGCCUAGAAUUUGAAGAGGCGUUCCUCCCAUCUCCUCUGGUUGCAAAGGCAAGAUAAUCUUACCGUUAUUCUUAUUUUUUUUUUUUCUUUUUUUUACCUUUCGGUCUUUGUUUCAAUUCUUUGCUUUUUUUUUUUUCUUUUUUUUUGUGGAUUGCUAGGAAAAUUGAGGAGCUGGAAUGGAAUACUCUUUAUCCAAUUCUUUAAUGAAAAGGGACAACACUCGUGGGCACCAUUUACACUCCAGCAAGAGUUGACUCCUCUUCCGCAUCUACUUCCCAAACUAAUCCCAUCAUAUCAAAUAAUCCAAGCACAUGCAAGCCACCCAUUAAUUUCCACUACUAUUACAGCCCGUCCUGUACCUACUACCCUCAAUUCCUCCAUUACACAUGCCAUCUACAUCCCUACAAAAUAGCCUCCCCCAAUCUCCUCCAUCGAAUUUACCCCUUGCUUUAUUUAACUUGCUGUUAAAAACUCACAUUUAUAAAGAAAGAAUUUUAAAAUUAAAGAAAUUUCUCAUUUAAACAUUUGUACAAGAUUGGGUCAAUUAUAAAUGCCUUGCAUGGUAAAAGGUUUUGUUUCUUUUUUGGUAAAAGGAAGAGGUUGUAGCACACAAGAUGAAAACUGUUGAGUAACUAGCUUUGUUAUACCGAUAUAUACAGUUCUAUGAGAUAUAUAUUGUUAUUGUUAAUAUUUAUCUUAGCUGUUGUAAUUUAAUAGGAUUCUUUAGUUUAUCCUUUUAUUGUAAACUUGUAUUUAACAGUGGCUUCAUGUCAAUAAUAAUAACAACUUUCGAAUCCUCUGCUAUCUCUUUUAUGGUAUUAAAGCACCAAAUUUUUUUUCUUGAUCUCUCUUAAUUCUUUUAAUGACUUCCUCAUUACCUUCCACGUCGAUUUCUACUGACACUACAACCAUGGUUGCUCCUUCUAAUGAGCCAUCUCUCUUUAGCUGUGUUCUUGUUGUUAUCAAUGUGGCAACACAAAUCCCUCUUAAACUCACUAAAAGCACCUACUUUUCAUGGCGUAAGCAGUUUGAUGUGCUUCUCAUAGGCUAUGAUCUCUACGGUUUGUUCAAUGGCAAUCUUUCAUGUCCGUCGCCGACUUUCUCUGAUCAGUUUCCAAACCUUGACUAUUCAUUUUGGAUCCGUCAGGAAUCUCUUCUACUUGGUAUGCUGCUGGCUUCUCUCUCUCCUGAAGUUCAUCAGAUUGUCGCCACCACUGAAACAUCUAAAGAUGCGUGGGAUCUACUUGCAUCAGCUUUUGCAAAACCAUCCUACUCUCGGCUGCUGCAAAUAGGAGAAAGGCUUAUUAAAGCACAAAGUAAUCGAUCUGUCUUGGAGUAUCUUAAUGAUAAUAAAAAUGCAGAAGAUGAACUCAGCCUAUUAGAUCACCUAGAUCUCUAGACUGGUACUCAUCUUCUUAAAGGUCCACUUAGACAUGGAGUUUAUGAAUGGUCGGGUCCUUCUCAUCCCUUUCAUCCCACACAUGCUGCCUAUACAAGUGUCAAAACCAGUCUUCAACAGUGGCAUCAAAGGCUUGGUCAUCCUGCUUGCAAAAUUCUUCGUCAUAUUAUCCACAAGUAUUCCCUACCUGUCUCAAACAAUGUUAAAUUUAUUUGUUCAUCAUGUUUCUGUAAUGAAUCCCAUCGUCUUCCUUUCGGUCUGUCUUUCCUUUCUAGUUCAAAACCUUUGCAGUUAGUAUAUUCCGAUGUUUGGGGACCAUCAUCUAUUACCUUUUAUGAUGGUUUCAAAUUUUAUGUCAUUUUUGUGGAUCUUUUUUCUAAGUACACAUGUUUAUUUCCUAUUAUGCACAAAUCUGAUGUGUCUUCUGUUUUUAUUAAAUUUAAAGCUGUUGUGGAAAGAUAUUUUCAAUUACCAUUAAUUUCUUUUUACUAAAACAAUGGUGGUAAAUGUAUUAAACUCAAAUCUUUUUUUGAAAUCAAUGAUAUAAGUCGUUUUUUGACCAUACCACAUACUCCACAACAAAAUGGAUAUGUAGAGCGUAGGCCAAUUCAGAUUUCCAUUUUGUGCAUGAUCAAGUUGAGGAAAGGAGUCUUCGUGUUUUACAUGUUUCGAGUACUGAUCAGCUUGCAGACUUGCUCACGAAGCCCCUCAGCACAAGCAAGUUUCAUUCUCUUCGUUCCAAAAUCUGUGUUCUUCCAGGAUCCCAUAUUUUGCGGGGAGAUGUUAAGUAACUAGUUUUGUUAUACACGAUAUGUACAAUUCUAUGAGAUAUAUAUUAUUAUUGUUAAUAUUUAUCUUAGCUGUUGUAAC